CCGGAUCGCCUCCCGGCAAGCGUUCGCACUCCGAAUCAAAGGGCGUGCGGGCGGGAUCCGGUCACCGCCGUCAUGUCACUGGUCGACCCUACCCGCCCGCUUCUGGUCAUCGUCGCCACCCCCCGCGAUUCCCGUCACCGCUUCGUUCCGUUACCUCACUCCCUCGUCCACUUCCCCUUUCUCUCGUCGACUCCAAAAACAAAGCCUCUUCGUUUCCCGGUGCGAUGCGGUGCUCCGCCGCCGGUGGGCUCCCAGAAGCCGUACCCGAACCCGUUCCGCUUCCUCAGCCCCAUUCCGAUCCUGCUCGUGUCCGCCGGCUUCCUCUGCGCAGGGGCGUUCCUGCGCGUCCUCCCCGCCGAUUUCCCCGAGCGGUGGCGCCACCUCCUGGAGUUCUCGGAGGGGGCGGAGACGAAGGUCACCAGGCUCCCCUACCACCUGAUCCAGGCCGUCAUGGCCUCGGAGGACCGCCGCUUCUUCUGCCACUUUGGGGUCGAUCCCUACGGGAUCGGACGGGCCGUCGUCUAUUAUCCCAAUGGCGGAGGUGGAAGCACCAUCACCCAGCAGCUUGUGAAGAAUGUCUUUUUGACAGAUGAACGUAAAUUUUCAAGAAAAUUUGUUGAGGGAAUAUUGUCACUGAUUUUAGAGAGGAGAAUGUCAAAAUGGGAAAUACUGUAUUCCUAUUUGAACAAGACGUACUUUGGACAUGGAAAAUUUGGAAUUGAAUCUGCAUCUCUUUUUUACUUUGGAAAGCACCCUUCACUUCUUAAUGUUGGGGAGUCAGCAUUGCUAGCUGGGAUUUUGCCUUCUCCUGAGACUCUUAACCCAUUUGCAAGCCCUAAAAGGGGAAAGUCUUCUCAAGCUAGAGCUUUGAGAAGGAUGGUAACAGCAGGGUUUCUUGAUUUGGAGACAGCACUUCUAAUUGUGAGCCAACCUCUUUGCUUGCAUAUUGAUGGAACGGGGAGGAAUAUGAAGAUUUCCAAAAACAGAUGAGAUCAAGCUCGGCUAUCAAAGACAUAUGGAAUUGGGAAAUGGCGAGCAUAGCAUGGGAAGCAAGAGAACAUAUGGAAAAAUGGGCCAUGAGGAUGCACAAGAGUAGAUGAUAGCAAUGCAUUCAGGAAAAACAACAUAAACUUAUUGUUGGAAAAGGCAAGUCAUUAUAUAGUAUCCUGCCACAUGAUUCAGUAGAUAAUUUUCACCAGUCAUGCUUGUAGGUAAAUAACCAUUAGAAUUAGCACAUAAUCUUAUUCCUAUUUUGAUCCUUUUUGGUAUUUCAUCCUUCCUGGCGCAUCCUGCAAAAUUUGACAGAGAGAAAAAAGGCACGCCUUCAUUUAUUGCGUUCAAGAUUCUUAGCUUUCAAGAUUCUGACAGUACGUCCUUUUCUACAUUGGCAAGCAUGGUGCAUGUCCCUUUGCCAUCUUUAAUGAGGUGAACAUGUACAAAAGGCUAAGUUGUAAAUAAUGCAAAUUAUUUAGAAACAUGAAAAGCUAUCAUGCAAUUGAAAUUCACAGAAUGGCAUCAUGUUGUCAGAAAAUGUUUGUACAAAUCAAGGGGCAGUGAAGUUCACUGUUUAGCAUACAGCGGAAGAAUUAAAAGAAACUGCAUAAGAUGCCUGCAACAUGAGCAACAUAUUGGAUGCCUAUAACCACUCCUCCUAACUUGUUUUUUGCCCUUGCAUCUACUAAAUCACACACCAAGAACUAUUUUUGUGGGAGAGAGAUUUUCUAUUUUCCUUUUAAUUGUGGUGGUUUUUUGGGGUUGAGGUUGAGGGCAUAGAUUGGAGUUACAUAAUACUCUCUUGUUAUGGAUAGGCGCAAUGGGAUUAUUCAAUAUUUGACCAUAGCAAGUAGUUAGCCAUUAGCUUUAGCAUGUUACAAGAGAACUUUCUAUACAGAGAGCUAUCAUGGCAAUAUGGUUAUAUUAAGUCACAAAGUGGUAAGCAUGUUGUUACCUUAGAAGCAAGUGUCGGAAGCUUGGACAUACCCUCUUGACACCUGAUGCUUGGGAAAAUAAGUGAUUUUCUAUCACUUUACCGACAAAUAAAAGCUAUUUCUAGGAGGAUCUUGCUUUUCCUCGAUUCACACAAUAUUGUACAGUUUUCUAGUGUCUGAA